GAGCUCGUUUUUCGUUGUUUUGUAUACAUUCAGAUGGCAAAAUAUUUAUCUCCUAAACUACGGAUUCUCCAGUGAAAUUGUCUUUCAUCUAGUUAUCUUUAAUGAUAAACGGUCUGGUUUAACUCAUUUGGUUUAGCUAAAUAAUCUUCAGUUGUCGGCAAUUACAUUGUUAAAGGCUAUCCACUGAAAUGUUAAACGCAUUGGGAGUCAUUGUUUCUGGAAGACUGGUGCAAACCGAUUUCCAGCAGAUAUCUGAAGCACAAUUUCUGAUAAAUAUCGCAGAAGCGGACAAUGUAAACCACGUUGUUGUGUUUCUGACGGGAACCACGCCAUUCCCUGAAGGGAUGGCUGGUGCUGUUUACUUCAGCUGGCCAGACCCAAAUGCACCUCCUGCCUGGCAGUUUCUAGGAUACAUCUCCAAUUCAAAACCGUCAGCCAUAUUCAAAAUAUCGCAGUUGAAGAAAUUAGAUGAAAUACCCAAUAGUUCAUCAGUGAACGUGUUCGGUACGAAUUUGCCUAUAUCUCAUAUUGCGCAAAUUGGUCUUUCCAUAGAACCGGAAGGGAGCCUAAUGCAGCAAACGCCUGCAACGACCACGACCGACACUUACUAUCAGUUUGGACAAAAAAUGGUUGAAAAUUUCUUCAACUUUGUUAGUAGCUUUUCCGUCACUCAACCGCAAAUGGUUCCGAACCCGAAUGAAACAUUCGUACCGCUAUCGACGGUUCAGACUUGGUUCACCAACUUCCAGCGUCGAUUGCAGCAAAAUCCUAGCUUCUGGAAAAGCUAAGCAAGUCGACGUUGCAUGACACUAGUCAACACACGAUGAAGCACUCGGGAAAGGUUUACACACCACAACGAUGCGAUGCGGGGAUUUUUUUGAGCUACGCCGACAGUCUACUACCAUUUAUUAGAGCAAUAACGAUAUAGAGCGCCAGUUUUUCAUUAAUGUAAACCCAUGUGUUUUCAAAUUUUUCCGUUUCUUUCAAGCAUUUCCUUUCAGCCCGAAGAUUGGAUGGAAAUUAAUACUACAUAUAAUAAAUGAUUUUGGAUGAAA